CUAUUUGUUUGUUUGGGUAGGUUCCUUCCUCCUUGCUUUCUGGCUACUUUUCUUAAUUUGCCUUCAUUCCACGGAAGUUUCCUAAACAUUUUGCCCUCCGCAAUUUUAGUGUUUUUCGAUUAAUCUAUUCAUGUAUCUAUUUGUUUCUAUAAGGAGUUUGAAUUUUCAAAAGUUAUUGUUAGAUAGUACUCCGUACCAAGGAAAAUUUCUGAAUUGAAAAUCCAACGACAUUCAAAUAGGAUGCAUUCUUUGACCAUUCUGCAGUUGAAUGUUUACGCAAACAGGCCCACACCUAGAAAACCAACUAAUGGACUGGUGGCUUCCUCAAACUAGCUUCUCAAAGUAUCUGUCCUGCCAAGUAACACAAUCAAUUAGUGAUCGAAUUGUUUAUACAGCCAAACAAAAGAUAUUGGGGCACUUUUCCUGAGCACCUGAUCCGCUUGAAAAGAGAACUGGCCGGAAAGAUAGAUUGUGUAUUGUACCCUGCCUCUAUCACCCCGUUGAGGAUAUGUGCCAUAAAAUUCUUCAUCCUAUUCCGGGGUGGAUUUGUCCAGACCUUGCAUGACUUUCCAGUUCAUAAUGCUACAGCAGUGGCUAUAGUACCAAAAUCAUACAAAUACAAAAAGAAAAAGGGUACGAAAUAGCCAUAGCAGUUGCAUCAGAUCGUAAUUUCUAAUCCACCACGACGGAGCAGUGAACAAGGUAUGGGACUCAUCAUCUUCAACCGUGCAAUCCCAUUUCUUGAGGUCCUUAUUCUCUUCUUUUCUUGUUUUCUUCUGAAGUUUGGCAUUGCUGUGGACACAAUUACAUCCACACAACCCAUCACCGAUUCUGAAAGUAUACUAUCCAGCAACAAUGGUUUUCAACUGGGAUUCUUCAGCCCUAUUAACACCACCAAUAGAUAUGUUGGCAUAUGGUAUAGCAACAUCCCAUUGAGAACCGUGGUAUGGGUAGCUAAUAGAGACAGACCUCUCACUGAUUCUUCCGGGACUAUGAUUAUAUCUGACGAUGGAAACUUAUUGAUUUUAAGCGGACAGAAACAGAUUAUUUGGUCAUCUAAUGUUUCAAAUCCUAUGGUGAAUUCUAGUGCCCAGCUGUUAGACUCUGGUAACCUUGUCAUUCGAGAUGACUCUGAUGGAACAACAAUUUGGGAGAGUUUUCAAUAUCCUUCAGACUCGUUUUUACAGAGGAUGAAACUUGGCAGUGAUGUGACGACACUGUUGAAAUCAUGGAAAAGCUCUUCUGAUCCAUCUGUCGGAACCUUUUCCGCUGGUCUUAAUUGUUUAACGAUUCCCGAAAUCUAUGUAUGGAAUGGUAGUCAUCCCUAUUGGCGGAGUGGUCCUUGGAACGGUCAAAUCUUUAUUGGCGUACCACACAUGAACUCCAUGUAUCUUAAUGGUUUUACCGUCAUUCCUGAUGAUAACAAGGGAACUGCGUAUGUCAGUUUCACUACUGGAAAUGAGUCUUUAAUGGAAUACUAUCUCCUGAAUCAUGAUGGAAACCUUAUGGAGAAGGAAAUGAUUGAAUGGAAGCGGGAAUGGGAGGUUUCAUGGUCUGCUCUGGAGACAGACUGUGAUGUUUAUGGCAAGUGUGGGCCAUUUGGAAGCUGCAAUUCAAAGGAUUCACCGAUUUGUUCAUGUUUGAGGGGGUUUGAGCCAAAUAAUAUAGAGGAAUGGAAUAGGGAGAAUUUUACUGGUGGGUGUGCGAGGAAGACACCUUUGCAGUGUGAGAGAAAUGGCAGUAGCAACCUAGACCUGAAAGAUGGCUUUUUGAAGCUGACAACAAUGAAAGUGCCAGAGUUGGCAGAUUGGGUUUCUGUUCCAGAGAAUGAGUGUGAAAAACAAUGCUUAAUGAAUUGUUCGUGUGCAGCUUAUGCAUAUUAUCAGGGCAUCGGCUGCAUGUCAUGGAGUGGAAAAUUAGUUGACAUUCAGAAAUUUUCAAGUGAUGGGGCAGAUCUUUACAUUCGCGUGGCAUAUUCAGAGAUCGAUAAAAAGAGGAACAUGAAAUUUCUCACUGCAGUUUCAGUGAUCACUGGAUCAAUAAUCAUGGCAAUAUGCGCAUACUUUGCAUGGAAGUGGAUGGCCAAACAAAAAGGAAUGACGAAAAAAAGGUUGUUUAAACUUGAGAAGCAGUCACUGUCUCCAGAAUACUCAACUGAAACCUCGUUUGAAGAUAAUAUGAACCAAGUUAAACUUGAAGAACUACCCCUGUUCAAAUUUGAGAAGCUGGCAAUUGCAACGGGAAAUUUUGAUGAGAACAAUAAGCUCGGACAGGGUGGUUUUGGUCUGGUGUACAAGGGGAAAUUACACGAUGGACAAGAAAUAGCUGUCAAGAGGCUUUCAAGAUCCUCUAAACAAGGGCUAGAGGAGUUUAUGAAUGAGGUGGUUGUGAUUUCUAAACUCCAACACCGCAAUCUUGUUAGACUCCUUGGCUGCUGUGUAGAAGGAGAUGAAAAGAUGUUGAUCUACGAAUACAUGCCAAAUAAAAGCUUGGAUGCAUUUCUCUUUGAUAGAAACAAAAAAGAGCUCCUAGAUUGGGGUAAACGGCUCAAUAUCAUUGAGGGAUUAAGUAGGGGGCUCCUCUACCUUCAUAGGGAUUCUAGAUUAAGGAUCAUUCAUCGAGAUUUGAAGGCAAGUAACAUUCUGCUAGAUGAACAGCUAAACCCAAAAAUUUCGGAUUUUGGUAUGGCAAGGAUUUUUGGAGGCAAUGAAGAUCAAGCCAAUACGAGAAGGGUUGUUGGAACAUAUGGUUAUAUGGCUCCUGAAUAUGCAAUGCAGGGGAUGUUUUCAGAGAAAUCCGAUGUAUUCAGCUUUGGGGUGUUGUUAUUAGAGAUUGUAACCGGAAGGCGGAACACAAGUUUUUAUGAUGAUGAGCAAUCUUUGAGCCUUUUGGCAUAUGCAUGGAGAUUGUGGAAUGAAGGCAAUAGCGAGCUUCUCCUAGACCCGAGGAUAACUUGUCAAGACUUCCAAAUGGAGAUUUUGAGAUGCACACAUAUUGGUCUACUUUGUGUACAAGAAUUUGCAAUAGAGAGGCCUAACAUGUCCACAGUUCUUUCUAUGCUAAGUAGUGAAAUCGCAAAUCUUCCCAAGCCAAAGCAGCCUGCGUUUACUCAAAGGCCAGUGUUGUCUGAGAGACAUUCUUCGCAACCUUGUACGAAUGGUUUAACUGUUACUAUUGUUGAAGGCCGAUGACAUGAGUUUCCUUG